AUGGCAACUUUUAAGACUCUAAUGAAAUUACCUUAAGCUAAACUAGCUUCUAAAUGUAUUGCAUUAGAAGAGUUAUUAUAACGAUAUUAUUAAUUUGAAGAGGUUCAUUAUGAUUUGCAAAAUAAAUAUUAAUUACUUUAAGCUAAAUUCGAGAGAUUACACUAAUAAAAUAUAUAAUUAAUGCAAAAUAUUUAGAAUGAAAGAGAAUGUAUGUCAUAAGCAAGUGCUAAAAAAAUGAAUUCUUCAAAAAAUUGUUAAUCAAGAAUUUAUAAAGAUCCAUUAGAAGAAUUCGAGACUUAGUAAUUUAUGGAAGAAUUAAAGAAUGAAAAUUAAAAAAUAAAGGAAGAACUUUAUUUUAAUAAGGAAGAAUUAAAUAGAUUAUAGUCAAAGUAUUGUAUAUUUAUAUAUCAAGGUUUGAAUAAACAUAAACAGAACUGCUUAGAUCUGCAUCAAUUAGAACAGCUUCUGAUUCCAAAUUGAAUUCAAUUGAUGAGAAAAAUUCAGAUUUUAUAUAAUCAUAUAAAAACGAAAUUAUGAGAUUAAAUAAAAUUGUAAGAAUAUCAUUAAUAUUAGGUAUCUUCAUUAAGAAUUGAAAUAUCUCGAUAUAAAACAAGAGAAUUUGAUGAAGAUUGGUUAAAAACCUAAUUAAUAAAAUACUAAAAGCAAUCUUAGAUGUCAACCUAUUAAAAUUUCUUAGAUCACAUUGAAAACUGA